AUGUCUCCAGCUUCUCUCUGCAGCCCGUGCGUGAGCACCUUGCUGUCUGAGGGUAUGCAGUCUGCUCAGCUUUUCCUCCGCUGUUUUGUGGUAAGAGCUGACAGGCGGGAAGGACUUGGUAUCUGUGGAUGGAUCCUCGUUUCCCUUUCUUUCCUGUUUGUGCUUAUUACCUUUCCUAUUUCCAUCUGGACCUGUAUCAAGAUCAUCAAAGAAUAUGAACGUGCUGUAGUAUUUCGGCUGGGACGCAUAAUGUCUAAGAAAGCAAAGGGACCAGGUUUGAUCCUGAUACUUCCUUGUACAGAUGUUUUUAUUAAGGUUGAUCUCAGAACUGUCACCUGCAAAAUUCCUCCACAAGAGAUUCUCACGAAAGAUGCUGUUACUACCCAGGUUGAUGGGGUGGUGUACUACAAGAUCCAUAGUGCGGUCAGUGCUGUCGCUAACGUCACUGAUGUCCAUUCAGCCACCUUCCUCUUGGCACAGACAACCUUGAGAAAUGUUCUGGGUACGAAGAGCUUGGCUCAGCUCCUGGCAGGUCGUGAAGAGAUUGCACACAAUAUCCAGACAAUCCUUGACAGUGCCACAGACCACUGGGGGAUCAAAGUAGCCCGUGUGGAAAUCAAAGAUGUCAGGAUUCCAGUGGCGAUGCAAAGGGCGAUGGCAGCUGAAGCUGAGGCCGCACGAGAGGCAAGAGCUAAGGUUGUGGCCGCAGAAGGAGAGAGGAAUGCCUCUAAAGCCCUCAAGCAGGCCUCCCUGGUGCUGACCGAGUCCCCAGCGGGUCUUCAGCUGCGCUACCUGCAAACAUUAACUACGCUGGCAGCAGAAAAUAAUUCCACCAUUGUCUUCCCUCUGCCUAUAAAUAUGCUUGAGGCUUUGGGGCAGAAAAACAGAGGGGGAUAA